AGCGCCAAAACCCCUCAGUCCCGCAGGGGCGCCACACGGGUAACAUCGCGAUAACUCGGCGCUACAGCGGCGCGCAAAGCUCAUGUCAGCUCGUUUGUAACGCUCGGUUAUACACAACGCCGGGUGGAGCUGCAUGGAGGACAGACAGGCCGGAGAGUUAGCAUGGCCCAUUCUGCCAACCCCAAUCCUGUGCCAAAGCUAUACAAAUCAAUUAUUGAAGAUGUUAUGGAAAGUGUCAGGGAACUUUUUGUGGAAGAAGGUGUGGAUGAGCAAGUGCUUAAGGAUUUAAAGCAAUUAUGGGAGACCAAGGUACUGCAGUCUAAAGCUACAGAAGGUUUCUUCAGAGACAACAGUGCCCCACAAUUUGUCCUACAACUGCCACAGAAUUUACAUCACUCCCUUCACAGCUCAACAGGGAAUAGGAAUGUUACACAUUUUUCAACUGGCGAAAUGGGUACCUCUGGAUCGAACAGUGCGUUUUCUCUUCCAGCGGGUAUUACUUAUCCAAUUCAUCUGCCAGCUGGAAUGACUGUGCAAACUGCAUCUGGUCAACUUUACAAAGUAACAGUGCCGGUGAUGGUCACUCAAGCUCCAGGAGGGCCGCGAAUACUUCAGCCACCUGUUCAACAGUUCUUCCAACAUAUUCGCCAUCCUUCAGGGCAUGCUGCAAGCAGCCAAUACAGCAGAAAUGCUUACAUAGAACAAAAAUGGCAGCAGCAACCGGCUCAGGUUCACAGUUCUGAAGGACUAAAUAUAUAUGAUCAAGAGGCCACCAUUGAACCUAAUUAUCAGAAUAAUAAUAACGAUGAUUUGAUUAUUCAGCAGUCCAUAGAUUUGCAGCAGAAUCUUACAAAUAAGGGGCUUCAUCAGCCCACAAACAGUUUGGAAGGCAGCAAUUUAAAUGAAAUAACAGGGACGCUCUUUAGUCCUAGGCAGUCCAAUGGAGGAAUAGAUCUGAACUCUGAGUCUGUGAUGAAUAACUUAAACAUGGCUCAUUCCUUGCAAGGACAACCGGAAAAUGAAUAUGCAAGCCUGUUAAAAUCUCAAGAUUCCGAUGAUGUCGUUGAGCUAAUACUAAUGGAUAAUGAACUUGGUGAUAAAACUUCCACAGGAGACAGUGGGAACGUUGGCAUCCAGACUGGGAUAUCUAAUGUGGAGAAGCAAGCAGUACCCCGUGAAAUAGAGAUCAUUCAAGUUGAUGGGACCGGUGACACUUCCUCUGAUGAAGACCUUGGAAAUGUGAGAGACCUAGAUGAAAAUGAUUUUUUGGGCAUUAUUGACACAGAGGAUCUUAAAGCUCUAGAAGAAGAUGAUACUGCAUCAAAUGACUCAACUAGUAAUAGUAGUGAUGAUGAGGAUCCGGAAAUUGAUGUCAUUGAAGAGGAUCCAUUAAAUUCUGGAGAUGAUGUGAGUGAGCAAGAAGUCCCAGACUUGUUUGAUACUGACAAUGUCAUUGUGUGUCAGUAUGAUAAGAUUCAUCGAAGUAAAAACAAGUGGAAAUUCUAUUUAAAAGAUGGAGUCAUGAGUUUUGGUGGGAAAGAUUAUGUUUUUUCUAAAGCCAUUGGGGAAGCUGAAUGAAAAAAAAUGACCAGUUUGAUUGCAGGCAGUCUUCAUAUCAUGGCAACUGAACUUCUAAAAUGAGUUUUGAGAAGUAAAGCCUUCAAUAAAUGAAAUGUUUUUUGAUUAAUAUAA